AAUCUCAGCCGUUCACUAUGAACCCAUUAAUCUCAACCGAACCCUAAUACAUUUCCGUCUCACCACUCUCUCUCUAGUCCCCUCACCGCCGAAAGCACAGUAUCUAAACCCGCCCUAUACGGCCAACUAUUAUCGCCAACGCAACGGCUAACCGCAGCCACACCAUUUCCUUUUCAACUUCUCCAUCUCCUCGGGACAAGCGACUUCUAAAUAACCUUCCGUUCCCCUACAGCUGCCGCGACCAUCGUUACUACCUUCCUCACUACUAUCAUCAACACCUUUUCUUAUCUAAUCUCUCACCGUUUCAAUAUUUCUUUGCAUUUCUCUGUCUAUCAUCACAUUUUCCGUUUCUUUUGCAUGCAAACAGAGAACAACCCUGUCAGUUCUGCCACUGAACUGCAGUAGCGCCACAGAAAGUGUCUCUCCCGAGUUCACUGGGCUGCACCAUUGAUGGCGGCUAAUGCAGUGGCUGCUGCCUCUCAUGCUGGCAAAUAUGGUGUCCAGGCAUGGCAGGCAUUCAAGACAAGAUCGCCAACAGCUGGGAAAGGAACAGCUAUUGGGGUCAGGGAAAAUAAUGCUAUAGUUAAGGAAACAAAUAAAGCCCCUAGACAAUUGACUUUAAAUGUCGGAAAGACUGGUGGUAGGAAUUCCGCAGGGCGUGUUACAAUUUUUCACCGAGGAGGUGGAUCAAAGCGGUUGCAUCGAAGAAUUGAUCUAAAAAGAAGCACAUCAUCUAUGGGUGUUAUAGAAAGGAUAGAGUAUGACCCUAAUCGUUCCUCUCGGAUUGCUCUGGUAAGAUGGGUUGAGGGUGGACCCCUGCACUUCCAGAAGAAAUUCAAGGCAGUAGAAGAGUUUGUUCCACCACAGAAGAUUCUUGAACCCAUCGCAACCACCAGGCUUGGCCUGUUUUCACUCUCUUCCCUAUCUAAGGAGUGGGAUCAAAGAAAGGUAGCUUACUCCCCUUCUGGACCGGCUGCAGCUUAUGCAGUGGUUGGCCUCCAAACUGGAAUGUCUCCUGGGUUGAAGAGUCUAUCUACUAGUAAGAGUGCAGAAAACAAGAAAACUUGUGCAAGGGAUGUCUUCCUGUCUGCCUUUUCGACUCCUAGGGUCAAGAGGGAGACUUCAUCCUUUUCCAUCUGUGGUUCUCUUAAUUUUCCAAGGAUGGCAGUAGCUGGGGCAAAGCCCACCAUUUUUGCUCCUCUAGUGCGUGAGAAAGAUGGAGGAAAAAGCACAUUCUGUCUUAAUGAGGUCCAAAAGUGGAACAGCCGGAGCAGUAUCUGGUCACAUAGGAUGAAACGUAAAGCUGCAGUUUCUUGGCAGAGUUAUAACUUAUAAGUGGCAAGGUACAUUGGGGUUUGUUGGAGUUGCUGAUAGUAAUGAAUCAAAGGCUGAAGCUGAUCAUUAGCUUGCCAUUAGGCAGCAGUCACAACCUUGCUUCAGAAUAAAAUUGGCAGUGGUCGCUGUUGAUUUGAAUGCUAGACUUUGAUCAUUUCAGGAAGGCCUUGUGCAACAGUCAAGUAGUUGAUUCAGGAGUAAUAUGCUGCAAAAAAGGCAUUUUGAAGUAGUGCGAUGAUAAUACCAAGCAACUUUGUUUAGUUGGUUUUCUAGUACCCGAUUAGAAAAUCGAGUGAGUUGUUUUAUGAACUAUUCCUUUUGUGAGGAUAGUUUUCUUUGAGCUUGUCUGUUCGCUCGGUUGUUUAAUUGGAGUGACAUGAAGAUUUUGGUGAUAAUGGUUGCCUUACCGUA